CGUCAUCGUCCGACGCCGAGGUAGGCAAAAACAUUCCCCGCUCUUUCUCUCCAAAUUCCCAAGUCUCGGGCUGAAAUUUCUCAGACUCGUCUUCUAUCCGACGCGAUUGACCAUUCGUACAGCCACUGAUCCUUUCUCACCGUCCGAUCCUAGAGCCGUAGAUCUCCGACCUUCUCGAAUUCUCUGCGAUGCGCUCUUCCCGGAAGGAUCUCUCCGUUUACGAUUUCAGCGAGGAGGACGAGGUCGUGGAAUCGGCUUCGAAGGGAUUGAUGAAGAGAUUCAUGACUCCUCGAAACCCUAGUUCUGAUAAUUCUCCUCUCACCAAGUAUUCUUUCCUGCAAUGCUUUGCCCAGGGCGGCAACGUUCAGCAAGUGGAGAUCAAUGACGUAUUAUGUGUUGAUAUCGAUGGAAGCAAUGGCGAUGGCAAAUGUAAUAAUUUUGGCUCAUAUUCUGUUGGCACAUCAGCGAGGGUUUUCCCGAUGCAAGAAGACAAUUUGUUGUUGGACAAUCCUGUGGUGUCCACAUCGACGACUAAUGAUGAAAAGAGCCACAUUGGUCAAGAUGAGUUUGAACCUGGAAAUCUCAUCCCUGAAUGUCAGGAGAAGCCAGUGGCUGUGAUUUCAGAUGAUGAUGAAAGCCUGGAAGUGAGUUCUCAAUCAACUUCAUCAUCUUACCUGGCAGAAGAUGAAGGUGCAAUAGGACACCCUACUUCUGAUGAUUGUUCCAGUGACCAUAGGGAAAUGGAGGUUGUUAUUUUCCCUGAUUAUCUUUCAUAUGGGGAUAGUCUAUUUACUCGGUCUCAAUUAACUUUCUUUACCGAUCACAUCAAGCUUGAGGAUUUGAAUGAAUGUGAAAGCAGCGGAUCUGCUAGUUUGGAAUGGGCAACUGAUAAUCUCAUUCAUAUUGAGUGUCAGCAAAGUGAAAGUGUUGAAACUGCUCUGGUUAAACUUCGUCUAAGACCAAAUGACGUAGUGGGAGCCAAUGAACAUGGUACUUCAGGCAUUGUGAAGUUGGAGUUUGCUGUUAGUGGUCCUCAGUGGCAAGAGAAAGAGCAAAUGAUUACAUCAUUGGCUGCAGUUUACAAGGCUAGAUGGAAUUCCAUGCUUAAUCCUGAAAUAGCAACGGAAGAGGAUGACUUCAUGGGACAGAACAGCAUGUUCUUCUUGAAACGUUACUUUUCUAAUUUUGAUGAGCCCUUUGAAGAUGUUGUCUAUCCAAAAGGAGAUCCUGAUGCUGUCUCUCUUAGUAAGAGAGACGUUGAAUUACUACAACCAGGGACAUUCAUUAAUGAUACUAUCAUUGAUUUUUAUGUUAAAUAUUUGCAGAACAAGAUCCGACCUGAGGACAAGCAUAGAUUCCACUUCUUCAACAGUUUUUUCUUCCGUAAGCUAGUUGAUCUUGACAAGGACCCAAAGAGCGCAUUUGAAGGAAGAGCGGCUUUCCAACGUGUUCAUAAGUGGACACGGAAAGUCAACAUAUUUGAAAAGGAUUAUAUCUUCAUACCGGUAAACUUCAAUCUUCAUUGGAGUUUGAUUGUUAUCUGUUAUCCUGGAGAAGUAGUUUCUUUUAAAGAUGAAGAAAUUAAGAUGGCUCCUAAAGUACCAUGCAUAUUGCACAUGGAUUCUAUCAAAGGAAGUCAUCAAGGCCUUAAGAAUCUUGUUCAAAGUUAUCUAUGGGAGGAGUGGAAGGAAAGGCACAAGGAAUCGUCCAAAUCUGUUUCUCUAAAAUUCUUAAAUUUACGAUUUGUCCCUCUAGAGCUGCCACAGCAGGAAAAUUCAUUUGAUUGUGGCCUCUUCUUGCUCCACUAUGUGGAACUCUUUUUGGAGGAAGCGCCCGUUAACUUCAGCCCCUUCAAGAUAACAAAGUUCUCUAACUUUCUUAGCGUAGAUUGGUUUCCACCUAUUGAGGCUUCACACAAGCGUUCUGCUAUCCAGAGGCUAAUCUAUGAACUUCUCAAUGAUCGUUCACUGAAAAUUCCUCCAGCUGCAUGUAGCAACCAGCAUCAUAGGUCCAAAUCUCCAGAAAACAAUGCCGAGAAAGAACAUGCCGUGGAGUUCCUUUCUGAGCAAUGCAAUCCAUCCAGGAAGGGGUGUUUUGUUGAUUCAGUUUGCUCUACUUCUGGCAGAGUGAUUGAUAUCAAACUGUUGGCUCCAUCUUCUCCCGAUGGUGAUCAAAAUGAUAAAGGAACUGGAGUAGCUUUGCAGGACUUUCUAGGGCAAGGAGCUGUAGCAGGAUCUUGCCCCAGCCGGAGAUAUCAACCUUUUGACCAGAUCGACCCUUUGAAGAAGUUCCAGUGCACUAUGUCACCGAUACAGGAAGAUGAAGAAAAUUCCGAGCAGUUGGCGUCCUCACCCUUGGACAAAGUAGUGGCUUAUCGGCUGCCUGCUAGAAUCACGGCCAUAGAAUGUACAACAUAUUCCUCCAAGGAUGUUGGAGCAUUUGAGGUGUCCUUGUCCCAAGAUAUCUCGACACAGCCAGAGCAUAACAAUGGCGAUUCAUUAUCUGAGUCAUCGAGUUGUGGGUCCCCACAUUCAUCAGAACUCAGGGAGAAUAAGCAUUCUACCUCUCACCCAAGUAGAUAUUUCACAAGUUCCAAGGCGAAGGAAGAAGCAGAAAAGGUGAGAUCAGUCUCGCCGACUACUUGUGCAGGUGAUGUCCCUGAGAUCCCCAUUCCAGACUCUAGCAAUAGGCUGGAGGAUUGCAUAGUGGAUGACUCGCAGGAGGAAGCUGAUGCUGCAGAGGAGAGCAAAGACACUGGAGACUCUCUCUCUUCCUGCCCCAAAAUUCCUCCAUCCUCGUUCUGUCAAGACAUUGAGCCAUCGGAAGAUGACAAUCUUUUGGACGAUGAUGCGGUGCAGUUGAUCAGUGAUGGUUUGGAUUCUAGAUCAAGACGCCGGGGCUACAAACGCUCAAAGCUUGUGCCUCCUGAGGGAGGGAGAAGGCGCACUCGAAGUUGCACCCGCUUCUGAGACUAUGGAGCCUCUUGUGAAUUCAUGCCUUGAUUUGCCAUGGUGUAUAUGUGUUUUUUUUUUUUUUUCAAAGUAGGUUGUCUCGAAUAGGAGCUGGUCUAAUCUUUUAUCUUGGGCUGUCUUUUUGAGAUGGUGAAAGGCCCUCGUAGAAUAUCGUUUGAGAGGCUUUAAACAUUUUUGGGUUGGAUCCGGAUUC